AUGGCUGCGGCGGGGGGCGCGGUGAGCCGCAGGGGCCCCGGGCGGCCCUGCCCCUUCUCCAUCGAGCACAUCCUUUCCAACCUGCCAGAGCGGAGCCCCCCGGCACGGGCCGCCCGCACCACGCAGCCCGCCGGCCACCAGAGCCCCGCGGAAUCCGGAGAGCCCGGGACGCCCGAGGCCGCGCCCUGCGCCUGCUGCUGCUGCUGCGGACCCCGCGCCGCGCCCCGCGGGCCCCCGGAGCCGGCCUCCGGGCUGGGUGAGUGGGAGCAGGGCGCGGGCGCGGGGGUCCUCCCAGCGCGGGGCGGUCUGGGCGGAGCUCGGCCCCCGCUCCGCGCCUCACCGCGCCUUCACCCCGCAGGCGCGCGGCUGCCGUGGCCGCUGAGGCUGGGCCCCGCGGCGCCCUUGCCCUUGGCUGCGCCCACGGGAGGCCCGGGGGCGCUGCCCGGCACGGGCGGUCCCGGCCCGCAGCGGCGCACGCGGCGCCACCGCACCAUUUUCAGCGAGGAGCAGCUGCAGGCGCUGGAGGCGCUCUUCAUGCAGAAUCAGUACCCCGACGUGGGCACGCGCGAGCGCCUGGCCGGCCGCAUCCGCCUGCGCGAGGAACGCGUGGAGGUCUGGUUCAAGAACCGCCGGGCCAAGUGGCGGCAUCAGAAGCGCGCGUCAGCGACCUCGAGGCUCCUCCCCGGAACCAAGAAGCCCGCAAAGGAGAGCUGCUGAUGGCUCUG